CAUCCCAACUCUCACCAACGGGUAUCCCCUCCCGUCCAAACAACGGAAUGUAAACAAAUCUUAUUGCCAUUUUUGGAAAGGAAAAAAAAAACAUAUAUCGAACCCCCCCUUAAACCCCCCUCAAAAUGGAGCGCCACACAGCCGCGGUCUCCAAGAUCGCCUCGACAGUGCGCUCCCUCUUCGCCGCCCGCGAGCCGUACCGCAUCUUCCACGGCAGCACCAACUCCACCCGGCCGCGGCCAUCAUCCUCACGAACCGUCGACAUUUCGAUGCUGCGCAACGUGCUCUCGGUCGACCCCGCGCGCCGCGUCGCCCUGGUCGAGCCCAACGUGCCCAUGGACAAGCUCGUCGAGGCCACCCUCCCGCACGGCCUGGUCCCGCCCGUCGUCAUGGAGUUCCCCGGCAUCACCGCGGGGGGCGGCUUUGCGGGUACCGCGGGCGAGAGCAGCUCGUUCCGGCAUGGGUAUUUUGACGAGACGGUCAACCGGGUGGAGAUGGUUAUGGCGGAUGGGGAGGUGGUUGAUGUCACGCCGGAUGGGGAGAGGGCGGAUCUGUUUCGCGGUGCUGCGGGGGCUGUGGGCACGCUGGGCAUGACGACGCUUUUGGAGGUGCGGUUGAUGGAGGCGAGGAAGUUUGUCAAGACGCGGUAUAGGCGCACGACGAGCGUGGCGGAGGCCGUGGAGGCGGUGAGGGAGGAGGUGAGGAAGGGGGAGAAUGAUUAUGUGGAUGGGAUCCUGUUUUCGAAGGACCAUGGCGUGGUGGUGACGGGGCAGCUGACUGAUGAGAUGCCCUCGGCGGGGGAGAAGGUGCAGACCUUCAGCGGGCCGUGGGAUCCGUGGUUUUAUCUCCAUGCCAAGGAGAAGACGGCGCCCGAGAAGGGUGAGGCGGGUACGGCGCCGGUGGAUUAUGUGCCUUUGGCGGAGUACCUGUUCCGGUAUGAUCGCGGCGGGUUCUGGGUCGGGGCCGCGGCGUUUCAGUACUUCAAGUUCGUGCCGUUCACCAAAUUCUUCCGUUGGUUUCUCGACGACUUCUUGCACACGCGCAUGAUGUACCGCGCGCUGCACGGCUCUGGCGAGAGCGCCCGGUUCGUGGUGCAGGAUAUCGCCAUGCCGUUUGAGACGACCGAGCGAUUCGUCGAUUACACAUCGUCCGAGCUCGAUAUCUGGCCGUUGUGGCUAUGCCCUCUCAAGAAGCGUGGUCCCCCGACCUUCCACCCGUUCACCACCCUGCCGGAGGGCGUCGAGAAGAAGGAGGAAGACAUGAUGCUCAACGUCGGCGUCUGGGGUUGGGGCCCGUCGGACUCGGCCGAGUUCGUCAAGAAGAACCGCGAGCUUGAGAACAAGGUGCGUGAAUUGGGCGGUAUGAAGUGGCUGUAUGCGCACACGUAUUACCCGCAGGACGAGUUCUGGUCCAUGUACGGCGGCCGCGGGUGGUAUGAUAGGCUGCGGGAGAAGUACAACGCCAAAACGCUCCCGACUGUGUGGGACAAGGUUCAUGUUGACCCCAACGUCGCCGGUAAGAAGAAGCGGCACUGGCUGAAGAAACAGCCGCCGCUGGGCGGGUUUUACGGCAUCUACAAGAGCAUACAGAGCAAGGACUACAUGAAGCAUCGCCGUGCGCUGUGGAAGUGGAAGGGCGAAUAAUACCCCGGAAUUGUUUGGAUACUGUUGGCUAGAGGUAACGAGUAAACUGUAACGGUUGUUUUAGAGGUAGACGGUGAAAUUAAUUGUAGGAUACGAGACA